GUGCUAUCUAUUAUAUUGAUCAUAUACCAAUUGCAUCUUCUAUUCGUAAUAACAAUUUAGUUGAUAGUUCAAAUAUUUUGUAACGAGUGUGUUGUAAUAUAUGAAUAAACAAUUGUGUAUAGAAAAUUCAACGACACAAUAAAUCAUAGAGAGAGGAAGAGAGAGAGGAUAUAACAAGUGAAAUAUGGCGAUGGUCAACCAACGAAAAAGGUCAUUGGGCAGUAAAUGAGUCAUACACUCAUACCUUUCAAAGGUGUCAACGGCCGGUCAACUGUCAUCUAUUGAAAUAAAAUAAGAAAUUUUUUGGUCUAUUGUUAUUUUUAGAUAUUCUCAUUAACUGAAUGUACAUACAUUUUUCAUGUUCUUCAAACUGUUUUGUAUUGUAAAUAUUCUCUUUGUUUCCAUUUCCAGUAUGAUAUAUAUAUAUUUUUCUUUGUUUUUCUUUAAACAUAUAUAUUUUUUUAAAUUUCCUAGGUGAACAAUUACAAGCUCCAAUAAUUUUACGUGAAUCAAGUGAUAAUGAUGUUCCAUUAGGUUCUCGGAAAGUUUUUACAUGUAAUGCAAUUGGUUAUCCACCUCCGACUUAUAUGUGGUUACUUGAAUGGCAAAAUUUAACAUCGAAUUUUUCUUCUCUAAGUUAUUUUGAAAUUCCAUCAACGAAAAAACAAGAUCAAGGUUCAUAUCGAUGUUUAGCAAAAAAUGAUGUUGGAAUAGUUGCAAGUAAAGCAGCACAUUUAACUGUUUGGUAUUUUGAUGGUUUAUUAAAUAAUCAACGUGAUCAAUUUAUUAAUGUUUAUGAAUCUGAUGCUGUUAUUUUACAUUUACCAGUUAUAAGUUCAUCACCUGAUCCAACUGUACAAUGGUUUAUGAAAAGUAGUUCAUCAUCAAGAGAUAAUAUACGUAUAAUAAUUAAUGAAAAAUAUUUUAUUACAUCAACACAUAAUCUUGUUAUACUUAAUACAGAAUAUCAUGAUGAAAAAAUAUAUUUUGCUAUUAUUGAAAAUAUUUUUGUUGGAGGCACAAAACAAUCAUCAGAUUUUCGUUUACAAAUUAAUCGAAGAAAAAUUCCACUUUCAGAAACAAUACCAGAAUUUAUUAUUAAACCAACAGAUCAAUUAGCUACUAUUGGUGAUGCCAUUAAAUCUUUUGAAUGUGUUGCUAAUGCUGGUCCGGGUAAUACUAUUGAAAUAAUUUGGCAAAAAAAUGCGAUAUUAAUUGACCAAACAACAGGGCGAUUCCAUAUUGGACCUUAUAAUCGAACACUUGAAGUUCGUGGAAUAACUGCGGAUGAUCAAGGAAUUUAUUCUUGUCAUAUUCGAAUAAAAAACAGUGAUAAUUUCAUAAAUGCAAGUGCAAAAUUAAUUGUUCGAGGUGUACCGAUAAUUUCAACAAAUUUUCCUCUUAUUCAAAAUGUUGAUUUACAAGAAAAUAUUAUUUUUACUUGUGAUGGAACACCAAUAUCAACAAAUUUUAAUGUAACAUGGUAUAAAAAUGCUAUUCUUUUAACAAAUGAAUCUUCAAAAAUUCAAUUAAUUGAUAAUAAAUUAAUAAUUAAUACAAUCGAAUGGAAUGAUCAAGGAAUGUAUCAAUGCUUUCUAACAAAUGAUGUUGGAGAAGACACACGUUCGACAUGGCUAAAAAUAAAAAGUGAACCACCAACAGUAACUGCUAGUAAAGAUUUAAUUGUUUUUAAUGGAACUGAUGUAGAAUUAACAUGUACUGCUAAUGGAUCGCCAUUUCCAAAUAUAACUUGGUUUAAAUUAAAUUCCAAUGAUAAUCAACGUAUUUUAAUAAAUAAUCUUCAUGGAAGAUUUCAUAUCGAUAAUCGAACUGGUGUAUUAUCAAUAACAAAUACUAUACGUGAUGAUUCAGGUAUAUUUGAAUGUUUAGCACAAAACAUUCUUGGAUCAGCACAUGCACGUACAACAUUACUUGUUCAUCGACGAACAAGGAUUAUUUCAUUACCGCAAACAAUGAAAAUUGUUAAAGCACAAUCGUUAGUACUUGUUUGUCAAGUAUUUAGUGAAGAUGAUAUAGCAAAACGUAUUCAUUGGUAUUUUAAUUAUAAUCAAAUUAUACCACAUAAUAGAUUUUAUAAUGAAAGUACAAUUUUAAUUGAUACACCACAAAAUCAAGAUACGGGUAAUUAUACUUGUAUAGUCGAAUCUGAAGCAGGUAAUGAUAGUCGUACAACAGAAGUAACAAUAAUUGAAUUACCAUGGCCACCGACAUUUGUCCGAGCAUCACUUAUGAAUGAUUCAUUGAGUAAAUCAGUUAUUGUUAAUUUAACUUGGAUACCAAAUUUUGAUGGAAAUAUUCCAAUUGAACGAUAUACAAUUCAAAUGAAAGAUUCGAUAUUAUCAGAUAUAAAUGGAUAUGAUGAUAUUGGUUGGCAAAAUAAAGAAGAUAUUGUAAUACAAAAAAAUCAAACAAAAACUUGGACAUUAAUUCAUCAUCUUCGACCAUUUACAACUUAUCGUUUUCGAUUAUCAGCUUGGAAUCAAUUAGGAGAAGGACAAAUAAGUUCUCCUAGUAAUAAUAUUACUUUACCUGAAGAAAUUCCAAAUGGUACUGUUAAAUCUUUAACAGCUAUUCCACGUGAUUCAACAUCACCAGAAAUGAUUCCAUUAGUUCCUUUAUUAUUGGAACAAUUUGUUGGUGAAAAUGGCGUUGAUUUAUCUGUUAUUGAUGAUUGUUUACGAGCUAGUCCAGCUCAUAAUCGUUGUAUAUUUGGUCAUUCGAAAAGAUUUACAGCAUCAGAUUGGCUUAAACAACAUCCAUUGUCAUUAAUUAUUGAAGCAAAUCAUGCACCAGUUUAUGAUCAUGAUGUUGUUAAAAUAUGUGUCGAUUUAAAGUUUCAA